AUGGCUCCACGAAAACCCACCUCCGAAGAGCAACAAGAAGAAUUACGCCAGAUGUUGGAAACGUUUACUAGUGGUCUACAUGAUGCACUCCUCCACGCCGUGGAACGUGCGUUAACUACGGUUCUUCAAAACCAACAACACGAUCGACGAGGUCAUCAACAACAGCAACAUUACGACACACCAGAAGAUGAGGGCUUGGCUGAAAACCUGUUUGCAGACCCAAUUGCAGAGAAUCAACAUCGUCAUGAUAUUCAUCGAGAUAAUCAAGGAGAACACACUCGUCAAGAUACUCGUCUCGAUACUGUCCGCAACAACUCUGCGUCCCGCUGGGAAACAGGAUUCAGGCUUGAUAUUCCAGAGUUUUCGGGAUCUCUUAACCCUGAAGAGUUCAUUGAUUGGCUGCACAUGGUGGAAGAGUUAUUGGAGUUUAAACAGGUUCCUGAUGAGAUGCGAGUUGCCUUGGUUGCUACUCGUUUCAAAAGCCGUGCUAUGGCUUGGUGGCAACAACUUAAAGAAUCGAGACGGCGUGCCAAUAAAGAUCGAAUCGACUCAUGGGAACAAAUGAAGAAACAUAUGCGUAGAAGCUUUCUUCCUUUUAACUACGAGCGAACAUUGUAUAACAAGUUGCAGAACUUACGACAAGGGACACGAACUGUCGACGAUUAUGCCUCUGAUUUCUUCCAUAUGACUGCACGCAUGCCUUCCAUCGAAUCAGAAGACCAACUGAUCUCUCGUUUUAUUGGCGGUUUGCGUUCCCAAUUACAGGUAGCUCUUCAGCAAUUUAACCCAGUCUCUGUUUCAGAAGUUCAUCAACGUGCCAUAGCCAUGGAAACACAGCUUCGUUCGACAUGGUCUGCAUCUUCUGCCCGCUCCCGUUUUACUCCCCAAGCGAUUGGUGAUGCUUCUCUCGGGUCACCGUCUGAUCUCGCGGCAACUCGUUCUGAAGUUACCAAAUCAAAUCCAAUUACAGAGACGAUUGCAAAUUCACGACCUGCUCGUCCCAAUGCAUUACGAUGCUUUUCGUGUGGUGAAAGAGGUCACAUUCAAACUUCUUGUCCAAGAAACAACAAGCGAGGCUUACUGCUCCAAGAGACCGAUGAAUUGGAGCCACGUUUUGAUGAGUAUGAUUCUGACUCCAAGGAUGACACCAUCGAAGAAGUUAUUCAUGGAGAUACUGGUCUCAAUUUGGUUCUUCGACGCAACUGUUUGCUUCCUCGAGCUUCACAAGAGUCUUGGCUGCGAUCUACAUUGUUUCGCUCCACUUGCACUAUCAAUGGAAAAAUUUGCAAAUUAAUCAUUGAUUCUGGAAGUUGCACAAACGUGAUAGCUAAGGAUGCAGUUGUCAAACUCGGCCUCAAAACAACACCACAUCCUUCGCCUUACCCAUUAGCGUGGCUAAACAACAACACCGAGAUGCGUGUUACUCAGCAAGUGAUGGUGGCGUUUUCUAUUGGCAACUACAAAGAUAGUGUUUGUUGUGAUGUUGUUCCUAUGGACGCUUGUCACCUUCUGUUAGGACGUCCAUGGCAGUUCGAUCGUGAUGCUACUCAUAAAGGGCGUACCAACACUUACAGCUUUGUUAUGGGGGAUCGAACUAUCACGUUACUUCCCUCCAAAGAACAACCAGAGUCUUGUGUGCUUUCUCAACAUGAGUCCAUCACAAAACCCAAAGUGAGUUCUUCUCAAUCUCUUUUGCUCUUACCUAAAGCUGCUUUUGAGACAGAAUUGAAGACAUCAGACGUAGUAUGGGCAUUGAUCUCUUCUCCAACAACAAGUGAGGCUUCUCCUAGCAUACCCGAAGCUUUUCAGCCUUUAUUUGAUCAAUUUGCAGACGUCUUUCCCGAUGAUCUUCCUCGUGAAUUACCUCCACUCCGUGAUAUUCAACACCAUAUUGAUUUGGUGCCUAAUGCAGUUUUGCCGAAUCGACCGCACUACCGUAUGAGCCCACAAGAGCAUGAUGAGUUACGUCGUCAAGUUGAAGAACUUCUCCACAAAGGGCAUAUCCGAGAGAGUUUGAGCCCUACCGCUGUUCCCGCUUUGUUGAUUCCAAAGAAAGAUGGUUCUUGGAGAAUGUGUGUUGAUAGUCGUGCUAUUAACAAAAUUACGGUCCGAUAUCGUUUCCCGAUUCCUCGCUUGGAUGAUCUCUUGGACCAGAUUGGACGUGCUUCUAUCUUUACCAAACUGGAUUUAAAAAGCGGUUAUCAUCAAAUCCGUAUUCGACCUGGUGAUGAAUGGAAGACAGCGUUUAAAACCCGUGAAGGUCUCUUUGAAUGGAUGGUUAUGCCGUUUGGUCUCUCCAAUGCCCCAAGCACGUUCAUGCGUGUUAUGAAUCAAGCUCUACGUCCGUUUAUAGGCAAAUUUGUUGUUGUCUAUUUUGACGACAUUCUUAUUUUUAGUGCGGAUUUGCAGAGUCAUUUACAACACUUGGCUGAGGUCCUUCAUGUCUUGCGCCGUGAUAAGCUGUUUGCAGCUAGGAAGAAGUGUCUUUUUGGUGCGUCACAGGUUCUCUUUCUGGGCUAUAUCAUCUCCGAUAAAGGCCUCCAAGUGGAUCCUAGCAAAGUGGAAGCAAUUAAAUCUUGGCCGACUCCGCGUUCUAUCACUGAGGUGCGAAGUUUCCAUGGUUUGGCCUCUUUUUAUCGACGGUUUGUCCAUCACUUUAGUGAUAUUACUGCACCAUUAACUGAUUGCAUGAAGGGUUCUUCAUUUAAGUGGACUCCAGAAGCUGCCCUCGCCUUUGAAACUAUCAAACAAACUGGUUUCAGCUCAAAUUCUAGCUUUACCUGA